AUGGAGCGUCGUCCCUGGGGUUAUACUUGGCGGUCUUCCACCGCAUUCAUCAUUGUGUGUAUCACCACCGCCCUUUUCGCUGAAUCGUUCCUAUACGGGUUCAUCGUCCCAAUCCUCCCGUACAUCCUCGAAGACCGAGCCCAAGUUGACCCGGCCGAUACCCAACGGUUGACCUACCUGGUCCUCACGUUGUAUGGAGGGGUAGCCGUGAUCUCCGGUAUAAUCAUAGGUCAAUUAGCCGAUAGAGCCAGAUCUCGAAAGCUUCCUUUGAUUGUUGGGUUGGUUAUUGCUUUUGUGGGCACCUUUGUUCUCGCAACGGCCACAGGGUUGACGGGCAUUUUUAUCGGUCGCCUUCUCCAAGCCAUUGGUGGCACCGCAGCAUGGGUUGUUGGAUUCGCUACGUUGCGGGAUACCAUCGAGGCCGAGAAUAUCGGAAAGACAUUCGGACUGGUCAACAGUUUCGUGGGCGCGGGCUCUCUUUCUGGUCCGGCGGUUGCUGGUAUCUUGCUCGAACUGGCAGGGUACUGGGUGACUUGGGGUACAGUGUUGAUCAUCAUCAUCCUGGACAUAAUUAUGCGAGUUGUGAUGAUUGAGAAUCCGAGGAAAAAGCGAGAUCAACACCGAACACCUGAGGGUCCAGCUGCAGAGCGCGAAGAGGCGACCGAGAACAGCGCCCUUCUGCCUGAGUUUAGUCAACAGCCGCAGGACCAUGCCCCCUCCAGCCUUUCCUUCUACUGCACCAUUCUAAGCCAGCCCCGGGUGAUAGUUGGACUGCUCAGCUAUACCACUUACUCGUCUCUGGCAGCCAGCUACAACACAACAAUCCCUAUCCAUGUGCGAUCCUCCUUUAGUUGGGGUAGUUUAGAGACGGGAUUGAUCUUCGCUGCGCUGCAGGCCCCCAAUCUGCUCCUCAGUCCGAUGUGUGGAUGGCUGCGCGAUCAAAUGGGCACUCGAGUGCCCACGGCCGUGGGCUUCAUCUUGCUGGCUCCGCUACUGUGGCUCCUCGGGGCUGCUGAUCAACCACAAUUUCCCUGGUCGGCCCACGGUAGAGUCAUGUAUAUUGUGGCCAUUAUCAUUAUUGGAUGCGUGCAGAACUUACUGGCCAGUGUCGGUACUAUUGAAAUCACUUGUGCUGUUGAUCAGCUCGAGUCCAAGAAUCCCGGCAUUUUCGGUCCCAAUGGAGGCUACUCCCGAGCCUACUCACUUUCCAACGUGAGCUUCACCAUGGGAUUUCUAGUUGGUCCACUUUUGUCCGGGUCCUUGGUCAACGUUUUCGGGUAUUACAUCAUGAACUCGGUUUUUGCAAGCAUAUGCGUCGUGCUCUCGGUUUUGGCUCUGGCGUUUCUGCAGGGGAAGUCGUCUGUUCGUGGGCAGAAGCAACAGCGCGGUGAGAGUGCACCGGAGGUAUGA